AUGGAUCAGCACAUCUACGUGACAAACGCGGCGUAUUGUAUCAGUGCUACGUUCAUCAAGCUUGCCAUCUUGUUUCAGUUUCUCCGCCUCUUUGCCGAGACUGCAGCUUCAACAUCCACUGCCCAGUACCGUCUCGCUCGUCGGGUCACGGUCGGCCUUAUUACUAUCAGUUCACUCUGGGGCUUUGCUUUCUCUAUGCUCGCCCUGUUUCCAUGUCAACCAAUCAAUAAGGAGUGGCAUCCGCGAAAGCCAGGAAAGUGCAUCGGCUGGGGCAGCAAAGAUCCGGACAUGUUCUUCCCUAUGUUUGCAGGUCAUUCUGCUAGCAACAUGGUUCUAGACAUGUUCGUGCUACUCUUGCCGAUACCGUUUCUGGGAAUGCUGAGGCUUGCUGGAAAGAGUAGAGCAGGUCUUAUCACCCUCUUCUCUCUGGGAUUAAUCGUAUGCGCUUUAUCCGUCGGCCGAUUGAUCUCACUUUCUGUCAACCGCGCCGGCACGAUUCCCAUCAUCGACAUGCCCUAUCACACGCCGCUCAUCUACGUAUUCUCCGUCCUCGAAGUCAACGUCGCCAUCAUCGCCGCAUCCAUCCCCAUCUUCUGGCCCGUCAUCGCCAACAUGGCUACCAACAAAAUCUGGGUCGUCAACGAGAUCGAAUCCGGGGAGCCCAGUUUCUCAACCAAUGGCGAAAUAGACCUCGCGGAUCAGGGCCCAUGGACAAAGCUCGAAGACUCGAAGGACGACUACGGCAGCAAGGCCAACAGACUCAGUGUCAUCACAAAAACAUACGAACGCCCAGCUUCACGAACUCACCACGGUCAUAAACCGAGUACCGCCUCCUCCAACGGCAGAACCAUGGGUUUUGAAACCGGACCCCGCGCAUCACACGAGUCGACGCGCAAUUUGUGCCGCACGCCAACCACAGACCGCAACCUUAGUGUUACGCAGCAGAACUCGAAGGACUGGUUUGCAGAGAUGGACAGGCAGAACACGGCUGGGUCGACGACGACGGAUAUCCGCAAGACGGAUGUUACGCCUGAACAGAUUAGGAGGAUGGAGAGUAGGUAG